AACCUAUAGUAACGUAUAUAUUUUUUAAAUAACCAGAAAUACUUGCAAUAAAACUAACUCGCCGUUUCAAGGUGUAGCACAGACUAAGGCCUUCAUUCUGACAGGAGAGUUAGAGUGCAAAGUAGCAUGUCUUGCUACUUUCAACCAACUGGAAGUGGUUUGCCGAGAGGAAGGGGUAAAAUGCAGAGAACUGGGGGUCAACAAGAACAACCUGUGUGAAUACGAAGUGGAAUACCUUUGUAACUACCAAAGAAAAGUUAUCACUGAUGGGAAAACACAAGAAACCCAGUUUGGAGUUUCCUGGGAUUUGUACUAGAUCCCAACCCAGUCGACUGUAACGUCAAUCUUCCCCGGACUUUGAGAGCUGUACUUGGUAAAAUGGAAGGGCUAUCCAGAGUCAAUGAACUCGUGGGAGCCACGGAAGAACCUUAAGUGCACCAAUCUGCUUAACCAGUUCUGGGAGGAUUUGAUGUGUGAGAUGGUGCGGUUAAAGAAGCGCAACAUCCCCAAGAAACUGGACGCUUCCAUUGUCUCCCAACUUGUGCAGCGAGCAAAGCUUAGGCAAACCCUCAAACUCUGGGAGAAUCACCUGAACAGCCUGGGCUCAGACAAGGGUCGCAUCUACGUGGAAAACCUGGUGGACAUGGAGGGUCCUCCUAAGAACUUCACCUACAUUAAUGAUUAUAAGGUGGGUGACGGUAUCUCUCUUAAUGAGGUGGCUGUUGGCUGCGAGUGUACAGACUGCCUGAACAGUCCUCUAGAGGGCUGCUGUGCCGGAGCCUCGCAGCACAAGUUUGCCUACAAUGACUCAGGACAAGUGCGCAUUCGGCCUGGACUACCCAUCUACGAAUGCAAUAAGCGUUGUCUCUGCGGGCCCGACUGCCCCAACAGGGUGGUGCAGAGGGGCAUUCAGUAUUCACUGUGCAUCUUUAGGACAGACAACGGCAGGGGCUGGGGGGUACGGACCAUGGAGCGCAUCCGGAAGAACACCUUCGUCAUGGAGUACGUAGGAGAGAUCAUCACUACAGAAGAAGCAGAAAGGCGAGGUCAUGUCUAUGAUAAAGAAGGAGCCACCUACCUGUUUGACCUGGAUUAUGUGGAUGAUGAAUAUACAGUGGAUGCAGCUCACUAUGGCAACAUUUCUCACUUCGUCAAUCACAGUUGUGAUCCGAAUCUUCAGGUAUAUAAUGUCUUUAUAGAAAACUUGGACGAGAGACUGCCACGGAUAGCUUUCUUUGCCACUCGUGCCAUUAAACCAGGGGAGGAGCUCACCUUUGACUACAAAAUGCAGAUUGAUCCAGUAGAUGCAGAAAGCACAAAGAUGGACUCUAAUUUCAGUUUGACGGGACUCCCAGGUUCUCCCAAGAAACGCAUGCGUAUAGAAUGUAAAUGUGGUGUGCCAUCAUGUCGAAAGUAUCUAUUUUAAACAGUCCAGGGACUGGAGGAGUGUGUCAUGCCAAACUGUCACUAAACAUAAUAGUGGCUGUAAUAGCAGAAUCUCGUUACAUUGCAACAAAAUUGUACAAAUCAUUGUUCAUGUUUACUAUCAAAGUGUGAUAUUUUUAAUUAAUGAAUUUAAUACGUCUGGUUUGUUCAGAGAUGUGUGUUUUCAGUCCUCUGUUUCACACCUCUGAUGCUACUCCUCAGCAAAUAAUUCCCAACACCUUCAUGGUCUGAAGAGGAUAAACACACAUCUGUAGGACUGGAGUGUGACACCCCUGGUUUAUACUUUAAUGGUCUUCCAAAAAUCAUUUAUUUGAUAUAUUUCACAUUUUAUCAGUUUUCUUCCCCGACAUUUGGCAUGAUGCCAUGAGGUCCCAUUUCACUACAUUACAUAUGUGAAAAUGUACAGUUCUGUGUAAAUGCAUUUUUUUCAUCAAAAGUCAAAGAUAUCUAUCAUCGUGAGUUUGGCAGGAGAUUGUGUUUAUCCUUUUUUUUUUUUAACUGAAAUUUUUAUAGUUUAGUUAUUUUUAUGAGAAGGCAUUUUAUUUUUUUUUAAUAAAACAGUGAUGUGUCAGGCAAGUGCAUUAGUAUGAAAAUAUAAGUACAAUUUUAUAUGAAUGCUGGUUAAACCCACUGAGGAUUAUGUUAAAUCUUUUCUAGUUUGGUGUAAUCUGUGUCUGGAAAACUGUACUUGUGUGCAGCUUUGAUUUCAUGAACCUGCCAACUGGGGGCAAAACUGUAUUGCUAAUGCCAGAGCAAUACAAAAAAGAAAGAUGUGCUUUUUGCGAAUCUUACAUAGGAAAAAAAAAAAAAAAUUCCACACCCAUGAGUUCUGCAUUUAUUUAAUCUUCACUUGAAUUUUAUGGCAGUGUGCAGAUUGUGCAGAUAACUGCUUAGUGACAUUCUGACUGUACUGUUUAAAUGAACCUUUGGUAUUUUCUAAAUAUCUCAGUGUUAAUUAUUUUCUAUGUUGUAGCAAUAACCUGUGAUAUACAGACGGGUGACGUAUGAAAGGAAAAAAAAAAGUUGUUGGGCCACCAGGAGCUGCCAUAACAGCUUCAGUGCAACUUAAUAGGGCAUAGAUUCUACAAGUAUCUAAAACUACACUGAAGGGGUGAACACCUUUCUUAUAAAACAUUUUCACUCUGUUGGUGUUUUGAUGUCACGUCAGAUGAGAUCUGGUGAGUGUGAAGGCCAGGGUAUAUGUUUCACAUCGUUUUUGAUACUCAUCAUACCCAAAACUCAAACUAUGUUAGCACAAUACCCUCUAUUUUUUUUGGUCACCCGUCUGUAUCUGACUUUUAUCACUCUGUACUGUUGAGACAAAUGUACUGUUGUGACAAAACUACAGAUAGCUAUAGAUGUUUAAAAAAGGCUACCAGCUGACAUAAGCUGGUGCACAUACUGUAUUUGUAUUAAAAACAUCAACUUGAUCAUUUUGCCUUUCUACAUUUCAAAAAAAUGUAGUCUUGAAGUGAUGCCUGUUAUAGUGUUUCCUGAUAAGGCUUCUAACCAUACAUUCAAUUCAGUUAAACAUAUUUGUUUUAUGUUUUUAUGUAUUACCAGAAUGAAUAAUGUCUUCUGCUAUUUGGAAGGUUGUACAACAGGAAAAAUAAUGUGAAAUAAAAAAACAAACUUAAAAUGUAA